ACGUAGUUCCUAAACGUUACGUUACAUUUGUUGGUCGCUUUUAAUGAAUUAAAGAUCACGAUACAAUUCUAGGAAAGAUGAGCUCCACUUCUAAGAAACGUGAACAUUCUUCUAGCCAUUCGAAAUCGUCAAAGCGUCAUAGACAUAGUGACAGUGAUUCCGAGGAUGAUUAUGUGCCGUAUGUACCAUUGAAGGAGAGACGGAAACAACAGCUGGACAAAGCCCACAAACUCUUGAACCGGCGGAUCGCCAAGGGAGUCACCGAGGGAGAGCAGGAGCAGCGAGACAGUGGCAGGGAAGAUGGAGGGAUGACAGAUGACCCCAUUCCUAGGGCUAACGUCAGCUUGCUGGACCAACAUGCUGAACUCAAGAAGAAGGCUGAGAGCAGCAAAGUGAACCAGCUGGACAAGCAAAUGGAGGAGGAACAGAAGAUCUUACAGAGCAUCCAGGAGCAGAGAGCCCUGAUGACAGUCAAGGAGUUGGCUAAAGGCAUCACGUACACAGAGGCACUCAGGACUGGAUGGACUGUUCCAAGGUGCAUCUUGAGCAUGGGCGAGGGCCGCCACGAGCGAGUCCGCAAGAAACUUCACAUCAUCGUUGAAGGCGACAAUGCAACACCUCCAGUAAAACACUUCAAGGAGAUGAAAUUUCCCAAGUCCAUCAUCUACGGCCUGAAGAAGAAAGGGAUUAUGCAUCCCACUCCAAUUCAAAUACAGGGCAUUCCUGUUGUCCUGUCCGGCCGGGACAUGAUCGGCAUUGCCUUCACCGGAUCUGGCAAGACGUUAGUCUUCACACUGCCGCUCAUCAUGUUCUGCUUGGAGCAGGAGAAGAAGAUGCCUUUUAUCAGGAACGAGGGGCCGUACGGACUCAUAGUGUGCCCAUCGCGUGAGUUGGCCAAACAGACCCACGAUGGUUUCCAGUAUUUCGCCAAGUGCAUAGAAACCGAGGGACUGCCGUCACUACGGAGCAUGCUGUGCAUCGGCGGGAUACCGUCCAAAGACCAGAUGAAACUGCUACAGCAGGGCGUGCACAUCAUGGUGGCCACGCCGGGACGGCUGAUCCACAUGCUGAACAGAAAGAGCUUCAAUCUGUCUGUCUGUCGCUACCUCUGCUUGGACGAGGCUGACCGAAUGAUUGACCUUGGGUUUGAGGAGGACAUCAGAACCAUUCUCACUUACUUCAAGGGCCAGAGACAGACGCUCCUCUUCAGCGCCACCAUGCCCAAGAAGAUCCAGAACUUUGCCAAGAGCGCUCUGGUCAUGCCCAUCACGGUCAACGUGGGCCGGGCCGGGGCAGCGUCGCUGGACGUCAUCCAGGAGGUGGAGUACGUCAAGCAAGAGGCCAAGAUGGUCUACCUGCUGGAGUGCCUACAGAAGACUCCUCCUCCGGUGUUGAUCUUCGCUGAGAAGAAAGCGGAUGUGGACGAUAUUCACGAGUAUCUUUUAUUGAAAGGUGUUGAAGCCGUGGCUAUCCACGGAGGGAAAGACCAGGAGGAAAGAACUCGCUCCGUGGAGCAGUUUCGGCAGAAGGAGAAAGAUGUCUUAGUGGCCACUGAUGUAGCCUCCAAGGGACUCGACUUCCCGGAUAUCCAGCAUGUUAUCAACUAUGACAUGCCUGAAGACAUAGAAAACUAUGUCCAUAGGAUAGGUAGGACGGGCAGAUGUGGGAGGACAGGAAUAGCCACAACAUUCAUCAAUAAGUCAUGCGAGGAGUCUGUUUUGUUGGAUCUGAAGCACCUGCUGAUUGAGGCCAAGCAGAGGGUACCGCCGGUCCUGAUAGCCAUAGGAGGGAAUGAGGAGGUGCUGAAUAUGGGAGAUGAGCGUGGUUGCUCCUUCUGUGGUGGGUUGGGCCAUCGCAUCACGGAGUGUCCCAAACUGGAAGCCAUGCAGACGAAGCAGGCCAGCACCAUCGGCCGCAAGGACUACCUGGCCACUAACGCUGCAGACUGGUAGAAGUCCACACCUCAGGCCCAGCUAAAGAAUGUCGGAUCAUGGCAAACUUGGAGACCUGUCAUUGUCAAGUUUAAGUGGUUAAUGGUGCCGCUGACUAGAAGCAGCAACUCACUGUAAUGGAUAGGACAGUUACACUGUGGCAAAGUUGUAAUUGUAAAGAUUACGUGGGAACAAUGCUGCACAUUGGUAGAAGUCUGCAUCCUAGGCCAAGAUAUGGGAGAGCAGGUUGUGGUAAAACUUUGAAACUAACUUGAAAUUUGAAUCUUGCAAAGUAUUUCUGCAUGCUGGUAUACAAUGGCACCAUAGCUUCAACAGGCCUGAAGAAAUAAAAACGGUAGACCAUGCUGAAGUUGGAAUAUUUGUGAAGAUUACUGGGCCAUUAUGAAAAUUACUUGGCCAACGAUGAUGCAGAGCUGUAGAAGUCUGCACUGCAGGUCUGGUUAGGGAUGAUAGCAACGUGGCCAACUUUGAAACCUGUCUUACCUGGCCAACAAAUCUGCAGAUUUGUAGAAGUCUGCUUUUCAGGCCUAGAUAGGGAUGGCAGACAAUGGCAAACUUUAAAACUGAUCAUCAAGGUUACCAUGGAAAUGAUGACAUAUCAUGAUGAAGUCCCAUCUGGCAUAUUUCAAUUAUUAUUCGUUACUUAAAAAUGACAAAUUAACCUUUGUGAGAUUCUGGUUAUGCUGAUUAUCAUUUCUUUUAAAAUUUCAAACCAUUGAUUCAGCAAUAAAUCACGUCAGAAGUAAAUGACACACCACAUUGUCUGCCCCAAAAAGUACAUUUUGUGUACACGUGUAAAACUAACAAAGAUAGAAUCUUGUGUACAUAAUAUACAUGAAGUAUCAACAAGGAACUGUCUUUAGGCUCAAUGCUAAAUCUUGUGAAUAUUUUUGUCUUGUAAAUAAAUUCUUGGAAACUGA